AUGGAGCUGGCGCGCGCGGGUCUCAACCUCGUCCUCGUCGGCCGGGACCCCGCCAAGCUGCAGGACGUGUCCGACAAGAUCGCGAGGGGGGACGAGGCGAUGCGCCGGCUCCGGGAAGCCAUCGAGGGGCUGGACGUCGGCGUGCUGGUGAACAACGCCGGCGUGAACAAGCCCGGCGCGCUGUACCUGCACGAGGUGGAGGUGGAGUCGCUGAUGAGGAUGGUGCGCGUGAACCUCCAGGCGCUCACGGAGGUCACCGCCGCCGUGCUGCCGGGCAUGGUUCAGCGGCGGAGGGGCGCCGUCGUCAACAUCGGUUCCGGGUCCACGCUGGCCGUGCCCUCGUUCCCACUCUACUCCGUCUACGCCGCUACCAAACGGUAUGUUGCUGUGUUCUCGAAAAACCUUUACGUGGAGUACAAAAGUAAAGGAAUCGAUGUUCAAUGUCAGGUGCCCUUCUACGUGGAGACGAACAUGGUCUCCAGCGCGGCGAAGAACAGUCUGUUCCCGCUGUUCGUGGUGGGGCCAGACGCGUGCGGCCGCGCGGCGGUGCGCUGGAUCGGGCACGGCCCGCUGUGCGUGCCCAACCUGGUGCACCAGCUCCAGUGGUGGGCCGCGGCCUUCCUGCCGGAGAUCCUUGGCGACACCUAUCGCCUAGCGCUGCAUCUGCAUCAGCGGGCCAUCUUCCGGAUGCUCAGAUCGUCCAGAGCGCAUCCGCAGGGCAGCGGCGAACAGGCGCCGCCACCGCCCGCAUGGUUCUUCCUGUUGCUCGCUUUCGUCGGCGGCGCCUACUCGGCGUCGCUGUCGUUCCGCCUCCUCUCCUACCUCGCGCUUUCCAUGCGCCGCCCGAGGGACCUACACCGCCGGUACGGCGCGUGGGCCGUGGUCACCGGCCCGACGUCAGGCAUAGGCCGGUCCGUGGCUCUGGAGCUCGCGCGCCGCGGCCUGAACCUCGUCCUCCUCGACCUCGACGCCGCCAACCUCGAGGAGACCUCCGACAUGGUCGUGUCUCGCCACGGCGUGGAGACCAAGACCGUGGCGUUCGACCUCUCACUCGUGGGCACCCCUCAAGGCGACGAGUCCGCGAGGCGGCUCCGAGCGGCCAUCGAGGGGCUGGACGUCGGGGUGCUGGUGAACAACGCCGGGGUGUCAAGGCCGUCCAUGGUGUACCUGCACGAGGCCGACGUGGAGGCGUUGGUGCGGAUGGUGCGUGUGAACCUGUGGGCCCUGACGGAGGUGACGGCCGCUGUCCUGCCCGGGAUGCUGGAGCGCCGGCGGGGAGCCAUCGUCAACAUGGGCUCCGCGUCGUCGGAGGCCAUCCCCUCCUUCCCACUCAACACCGUCUACGCCGCCACCAAAAGGUAUGUUGCCAAGUUCUCCCGGGGCCUUCACGUCGAGUAUAGAAGCAAAGGGAUUGAUGUGCAGUGCCAGGCCCCGUUCUUCGUGGCGACCAGGAUGGUGUCCAGCGCCGUGCGAGACAAGUGGUUCUCGCCGCUCGUCCCCACACCAGACGCCUACGCUCUUGCUGCGACGCGCUGGAUCGGCCACGGCCAGCCGCUCUGCACCCCUACUCUCGGUCACCAGCUCCUGUGGUGCCUCGCCGGCAUCCUGCCGGACGCCGCGCACGACUGGCUCCGCCUGCGCGAGCACCUGCGGCUGAGAGCGGUGAUACAGCGAAUGAGGGCGGCGAGGGCGUCGAAAACUGGGCCGGAUGCAAAGUGA